AGGGGCCGCAGACCAAGACAGAAUUCGGGCGCCAGGAGAAGAAGGCAAAGAGGCUCUGGCUGGGUACUUUGUGACAAAGGCAAGACCCCAGGUCUACUUAGAGUGAGGCAGGUGACGGAGGCAGCCAGGUGAACCCCCAAACCUCCUGACAAUAUGGAUUAUAAGUCAAGCCUGAUCCAGGAUGGGAACCCCAUGGAGAACCUGGAGAAGCAGCUGAUCUGUCCCAUCUGCCUGGAGAUGUUUACCAAGCCGGUGGUCAUCUUGCCGUGUCAGCACAACCUCUGCCGGAAGUGUGCCAAUGACAUCUUCCAGGCCGCAAAUCCCUUCUGGACCAAUCGGGUCGGGUCUGUGUCCAUGUCUGGGGGCCGUUUCCGCUGCCCCUCCUGCCGCCACGAGGUGAUCAUGGAUCGUCAUGGAGUGUAUGGCCUGCAGAGAAAUCUGCUGGUGGAGAACAUCAUUGAUAUCUACAAGCAGGAGUGUUCCAGUCGGCCCGUACAGAAGGGCAACCACCCCAUGUGCAAGGAGCACGAAGAUGAGAAAAUCAACAUCUACUGUCUCACGUGCGAGAUGCCCACGUGCUCCAUGUGCAAGGUGUUUGGGGCUCACAAGGCCUGUGAGGUGGCCCCGCUGCAGAGCGUCUUCCAGGGGCAAAAGACGGAGCUGAGUAACUGUAUCUCCAUGCUGGUGGCGGGGAACGACCGAGUACAGACCAUCAUCACUCAGCUGGAGGACUCCUGCCGAGUAACCAAGGACAACAGUCACCAGGUGAAGGAAGAGCUGAGCCAGAAGUUUGACGUACUGUACGCCAUCUUGGACGAGAAGAAGAGCGAGUUACUGCAGCGGAUCACGCGGGAGCAGGAGGAGAAGCUCAGCUUCAUCGAGGCCCUCAUCCAGCAGUACCGGGAGCAACUGGACAAAUCCACUAAGCUGGUGGAGACAGCCAUCCAGUCCCUGGACGAGCCUGGUGGGGCCAUCUUUCUCUUGAGUGCUAAGCAACUCAUCAAAAGCAUUGUGGAAGCUUCCAAGGGUUGCCAGCUGGGGAAGACAGAACAGGGCUUUGAAAACAUGGACUACUUUACCUUGGACUUAGAGCACAUAGCAGACACCCUGAGGGCCAUCGACUUUGGGACAGAUGAGGAAGAGGAAGAGUUCAUUGAUGAAGAAGAUCAGGAAGAGGAAGAGUCCACAGAGGGAAAGGAAGAAGGUAAGACAUCCAUCUGCCUUCAUUCAUUCGUUCAUUCAUGCAUUCAUUCAUUCAACAACAUGAAGUCCUGAUGGUGUGUAAAACGCCACGCGGGACCCUGGGAAUGAUGCCAAUAUAGGGCGAUGAUGCCAAUACGUGUUUGAUGCCUUUGUAAAGGCAAAGUCCUGUUCCCUUUAAUCUUAGAGAGAGGAAAGAAAAAAACCUAAUCAUAAUAAAAAGCUCCCAUUUUAUAUCUAAAUGACCUUCCUGAGUGGAGAGCAAUACAGUGUAACAGACACCAGGCUUGGCACUGAGGUGUUUUGUUUGACCAGCAGAAUGCUGAAAUUUUAAAAAAUUUUUUAAAAUAUUUCUUUCUGAGAGAGAGAGCGAGCGAGACUGAGCGUGAGCAGGGGAGGGGCAGAGAGAGGGGAAGACACAGAAUCCGAGGUGUCAGCACAGAGCAUGACACGGGGCUUGAGCUUGGGAACUGCGAGAUCAUGACCUGAGCCCAAGUCAGCCGCUCAACCGACUGAGCCACCCGGGCGCCCCAUACUGGCAGUAUAAUCCUGACCUGUUCCCAACGUUCUGAGUCUUGGGCUACUCAUCUGUACAUGGGGACAAAAUACUACUGACCUCAAAAGGUUAUGGUGGAGAGUAAAUUAGAUGAUCAUUUAACACAAUGUCUGGCAGCUAGAAGGGGACACGUUUGCUAAUUAGCACAUGUGUGCUAAAAUUAUUUUUCAAGCCAAUUUACUAUUGGAACUAAAUUCCAAUCCAGUUGAACAAUAUGGGAUACUCUUCUGGAGUUUUGCAUUGGAUGGGCUAUCCAUGGUGUUUUGACAACUAAAUUCUGUUUGGGUUUAAAAAGAAGAGGCCAGGCCGGAAUUGGAGUCUGAUCAUUUUGUCACCGCGCCUUGGGAAGCCCCGGAUCCCCCUGUGCCCUGUCUCACCUUGUGUUUCCCGG